GCGACACGGCUUGUGGGUUUGUCAGGCACUUAGAGUGCCGGGUCAGUAAAGAAAUGACCGAACAGCUAUGGAAAGAUAACAGAGGGUGUUUUGAGGUACCAUCGUUGGAUAAACCACCAUCAAAGGAAAUGAGUGUCCCUAUGCUGACAACAGCAGAAUACAGAAAAAGUGACAAUGAUAUGAUACAGGUGGAGGAUGGUAGCAUGAUUCAUCCAUUGACAGGCACAUCCAGGAGAUAUGUUUUAGGUGACAGAUUUCACACAGCAAGCAAUCCUCACAAGUCACCCCUUUGUAAAUAUCACAACAUAAAUCUUUUGUCUCAGUCGAACACGAUAAAAACAAGCUAUCAAGAGUCCGAAAACAACCGAAAGAAUGUGCGACGGUUAUGAAGCUCGACGAUGCAAAAUUUUUCCACGCACUAUUUUUAUAACUUUUUGAUGGAUUUCUAUCAAAAUGAGGAAAUAGUAAAAAAGCAACACGACGUAGCUUCGAGACAGCUAAAACCUGGGCAGAUGUUAUGCAGGAAUUCAUAUAUGCAAUUUGUGAUAAAAGAUGGUGAAAAAUAAGCAUUAGGGUUAUUACUCAUCGCGCGCUUGUUGUUUAUGUUGGGUAGGUGGAGCUCAUCAGUCUUGGAAGACAGUCCACCUAGGAGAAGGAAAACUCUGAUUUAAAACCCCCGGACUCGUGCAAUAAAUGGGUCAGGCUGUCCAUGUCGGAUUCAUUGAUGCUGCUAAUAAUUAUUGCAAUACUUAAUGUUUCCUAGGCAUGCUGACGAGCCCUGAGAUAGGGCGAAACAGCCAUUAUACACGUAUUGUUAUACGUAGUAUUAUUUAUUGGAUCUAG